GACUCAGUUGUCAAUCGAAGCUGACUUCAUAGUUAACAUGUCAAAGAGGUUAAGGAAUGUCGAAAAAUGUCACUUUAAUCAAAUUAAUCGAAUAUUUUCCACAAAUUUCAAGUGCUAAGUAGUGUAAAAAUCAUGAAAUUCAAUGAAAAAGAAUUAAUUGACGCUAGUCGAGGCCUUCCUGAACUGGAAGGUCGUUUAAAUCACAAACGUGCUCACAAAUCAGUAUUCAAAGAAAGAUGGUUCAAAUUAAAAAGCAACCUACUAUUUUAUUUUAACUUCACUGAACUCGGCCAAGUAGAUGAAAAGCAGCCUGCUGGAAUCAUUGUUCUGGAAAAUUACAAUGUUAAUACCGACGUUUCAACAGAAGGAGCUUUUGCAUUUAGUAUAGUAUUUAGAGAUGAGUUUGAUAAACGUCACGUAUUGACUGGGCGAUCUGAAAAUCAAGUACAACAAUGGGUGAUUGCAUUGAAACGGGCAAGCUAUGAAUAUUGGAGAUCUCAAUUAAUUAUGCUCCAAGAGAGACUUUGUCAAAAAACUGGAAAAGAUCCUCUCCUAAUUUAUCCAAGAAAUCGUGGAGUUGUUAGAGACGAAGCGUGGAAUUCCUCAUCGAGUUUUCGAUCUCAUAUAAAAUCAUUAACAAGUUCAACAUCAUCAUUAAGCUCAUUAUCAUCCGUAAUAAAUAAGGAAACAAAUUUAAUAGAAUUAACAUAGCAGUUAUUUAAAUUAUGUAGAUUAAGUAUAUUAAAUAAAUGUAUGCAGUUUCUGCAACCAAA